AUGGAGGGUUCCGACGGCAAGAAGAGCAACAUCGACACUUCGAAGAGGAAGAAAGACAUCGAAGACGACGACAACACGACUAGCAAAGAUAAUGCCGCUUCGAAAUUGAAGGGAGAGUGCGGCUCUUCCGUUGAGAGCCCCAAGAAGCGUGGCAAAACCAUGGAUGGAGAAGCUUCUGCUUCUCAGCCUGAAGAUGAUAUGAACAAUGCUGAUGAUGAAAAAGAUGAUGAAUCCAGCGACGGAACGUCUGAAUCUGAUGAUGAAUCGAGCGACAACUCGUCUGAGUCUGAUGAUGAAUCGAGCGACAAGUCGUCUGAAUCUGAUGAUGAAUCGAGCGACAGCUCGUCUGAAUCUGAUGAUGACUCCAGUGAUAAGUCUGAAUCUGAUGUUGAUGAUGAGGCUAAGGAGGAGGUGGAUUCUUAUGAGUAUAUUGAUAUAAUGAACUGUUCAUCUGAUGAAGAUACUGCUGCAAACAUACCGAAGAAUGAGUCUGGUGGUGAAGAUGAAGGCAAUGAAGAUGAAAAUGGUGGUGGUGAAGAAGUGUCCAAUGCUAUUGUAGAAGAUGAUUCAGAUCAUAAGACGACUUCUGAUGAAUCCACCGAUGACACCGAUGCCACGUCUGGAUCUGAUGACGAUCAUGGCUCCAAGGCUGAAGCCGAUGAUAAGCAGGAGCAGAAGAAUUCUGAUGAAGAUGAUCAUAAGGAGAAGAAGAAUUCUGAAGAAGCUGAUGAUAAGGAGGAGAAGAAGAAUUAUGAUGAAGAUAAGGAGGAGGAGAAGAAUUGUUAUGAAGAAUCGUCCGACUCUGAAGAAGAUGAUACGGAGAUGUGGAUGGCCAGAAAUACAUACAGACUGAAACGACUCUUUACCUAUAGCAAUGUAAAAGAUGCUAAGGGCAUUGCUGGAGAAAAAGAUAAGGAGGUGGAGACGAAGUCGUUGUCCAACGCUGAUGAAGAUGAUAUGGUAACGUGGAUGGACAGACUCAAACCAUUCCAAUGGAAUGGUUUCAGCAGUAGCUUUGGAAUGAGGGCAUCCGAGCAAGUAUCCACCACUGCCACCGGAGGCGAAGAAGAUAAGGUGGAGACGUCGUCGAAUGAUGACCGGUCCAGCAAUGAAAAGCAGGAGAAGAAGGUAUCUGAUGAUAAGAAGGCUGAGGGAAACUGA